UUUAGAAAAAUAACAAAUAGUUAGAUAACAUAAAAAUAAAAUUUCAGCCUAAAGUGUAUUGGCUAUCAUUAAAAUUGAAACUGACUCCUUCAUAGUUUUCACGUUAUAAAAGCAUGAGCUAACGGAUGACAUCGAUCAUUGCUUUAUAUCAACAUUCCUUGCACUUAGCUUUAUGGUUCGAAUGCAGAAGCAGAGAGGAAACUCGAAAUACCUCAGCAACUGCUUGAAAAGGCUAAGAUCGGAUAUGGAAGAAACAAGUGAGGAACAAAAAAGGAUAAAACAGGGGCAAAUACAAGUAAGAGAAAAACUUGAAGCGGUUGAAUUGGAAUGUGAACAAUUACAAAAGGAGAUUAAACUCAUAAUGCAUCAGAGCCUAAACACACAAAUCCGCCUCGCUUUCAUGUUCCAAAUCUUGAAAGCAAGAAAAAACCAAGAGUUUGACAAGGCAGCCAAAGUCACUGUUGCUCUCCGCAAACUGAUAACGAGAGGGAAUCGGCAGAAGUAAACUAUGGCACCAAUCGCUGAGAAAUGUUCUAUUACAUAAAGGGUGGGACUAGCAAGGAGCUGACAAUUAAUCUUUUAUUGUGCAUGUAUGAACCUCUUUGUAAAACUAGUUUAUUUGGUUAUUACUUGCUUUGUUUUGUAUCAAUUGCUGCUGCUGUGUUUUACAAGUUUAUAAUCGUCGUUGCCUGUACCAUACCAUGCAUCAGCUUGGUGUUGCUUUUAUGUGUUCUAGGGGAUUUGAAUGUAUUUUUGCUCUUGUCCAUCACAAAAUGAUGGUUCAAUAUAAAAAAAAAAAAAACCUUUGAACUUAAAUAAAUUCUUCACGCAGCCUCUUGUCCUCAUAUUACA